AUGGAUAAGUUCCGUAUGAUGUUCCAGUUUCUCCAAUCCAACCAGGAGUCCUUUAUGAACGGCAUCUGUGGUAUCAUGGCCCUAGCUAGCGCCCAGCUCUACUCAGCCUUCGAGUUUAGCUGCCCUUGUAUCCCAGAGUACAACUACGCCUAUGGGAUUGGACUACUGGUUACCCCACCUAUAUGGUUCUUCCUACUAGGGUUCGUGUUGAAUAACAAUGUUUCGAUGUUAGCUGAGGAGUGGAAAAGACCGACAGGGAAGAGGGUGAAGGAUCCGACGAUCCUUCGUUACAUGUUCGUUUCGAUCACGCAGCGGUCCUUGAUCGCGCCCAUGGUGUGGAUAUCUGUGACUCUUAUGGACGGGAAGAGCUUCCUGUGUGCGUUCAGCGUCAACUUGGACAUUCAUCAGUUUGGGAAUUCUACCCUCAUUGAUGGAAUGACGGAAGUGGAGAUUGUUAAAUUGUUAGCGAAGAUUCCAUGCAAGAAUAUCUUCAAUCAGCCCGAGGUGAUAUCGAGAGAAGCGGCAUCGAGAUAUAUCAAGUGUAUAUCCCAGGCGUUUGGCUGGGUAUUCCUGCUGCUGAUGACCUUAGCAGCCUUCAUGAUACGAGCCAUCCGACCUUGCUUCACCCAAGCUGCCUUCCUCAAGACCAAAUACUGGUCUCACUACGUCGACGUCGAACGCAAGCUCUUCGACGAGACGUGCAAGGAGCACGCCAAGACCUUCGCCAAGGUCUGCAUCCAGCAGUACUUCGAGAGCAUCAGCGGCGACAUGCGCAGCUUCCACAAGCACCGGUCAAGCAAAGAUGAUAGCGACGACGAUGAUGAUGACAAGAAGAAGAGCGACGAGGACAAGCUUCUCGGGAUCCGCGACCAGGACGAUAUGAAUAAAGUUCUGUGGAAUUGGCACACGUGCAAGCCGCCUCUGGCACUGAGGAAGGAACAGCUGGAUGGAGAAUCCCAUGAAGGGCUCAUACCAAAUGGAGAUGUCCAUGGAGUCAGUGGAGGGCCAAAUGGAUAUGCUAACGGUCACGCUCCCGAUUUGCCCAAGAGGGAAUGGGCGGCAUACUACAGCAAAGUUUGA